AUGCCUCAGCCCACCAAAGGCUCCGGGAGUGAGGGCACCUCCACCGACUUCUUCUGCUGGCUGGAGGCCGUUAGCGCCCCGAUGGUCAUGCUCCUGCGGGUGGCCAUGGCCAACGGCCGGCCACGUCCUGGAGAGACCAUGAUAACUCUCAGCCCGGCUCUCCCCCUGACCGUGGCUCUCUGCACGUUGUCACUGUUGCCUGCUGGUCUUCGCAUUUACAUCAACCCCACCUGGCUCAUUGUGGAGGGUGAAGCUCCUCCUGAAGACCUGAAGCAGCCACCCGUUGAUGCGGAGAGCAUGACCACCGAAUGGGACAGCAGCAUCGACGUUCAGAGCCCCUACGGCUUGGUUAGGAUCAUGAUGGACGCUGUUAUUGAGGGUCUGAGGAAGCUGCCCUUUGUGGGAGAGAGCAUGGUCCCCAAACGGCACAGCAGCACUGGCCCCCGCAGCCCCCAGAGCUGGGUCAGGCUCAGGAAGGACGUCGCUCCUGUGGGCCCGAAGGAACUGCCCGUUGUCGCCAAGAGCGUGGCCUCUGACCCGCCCUACCCUCUGGGCCAGCUUUGGGACUCCCUUGCCCAGGCGGACAGGACCCAGCUGUGUUGCAGGGCCUUGCAAAGCCUGUGGCUGUGCUUCCUGUCUUGGGUUGCACUUCGCCUCUGGAGAAAUGGGAACAGACCCCAGGGACAGGGAAAGGAACGGCCGGCCUCAUCUUCUGUGGGAACAGACUGCUCGGAGGAGGGCACCUUCAGCUCUGAUGAAGCCGUCCACCAGCUGGAGGCCAAAAUCACCCCGCUGGCCAGGUGCACCAGGCUUGUCUACCGCCUCCGCCUGAAAGUGUUCCCGCACCAGCACUCCGAGAAGAAGGCGGAAGGCGAGGCAAGCGGAGGAGAGCCUUCUCCAGCUCCCUGUGCACCUCCACCUAGGGCGUGCUCUCGGCGGAUUGGCAAGAGGAGAUGCAGGGGUGCAAGUGAGUGCCGGCGUCCUUGCAGGGUGGGACUUGAGGCGGGAGAGAACAGGCACCCGUGGCCGUGAGGGGCUCCACAGGUGCCCGCAUCCCAGGAGGAGGGGCCCACAUCCUAGCAGGGUGCCCACUUCCCUCUGAGGUUCCCG